AUGAAUUUCUACCCUAUUGACUUUGAAGAACAACAUUCAUAAUGUACUUAUUCUACUUAUUUCUAGAGUUAAUUCAUGAUCCUCUUAUUGAAUAAACAAAUGAAUCAUAAUAUUAUGAAUAUGAACAAAGUGCUUAAUAGGAACCAGAAUAACUUAAUACUUUUGAUGGGUAUUUAUAAGAAGAACCUGUCUUAUUGUUUAAUUAUGUGGAGGAAGCCCCUAAAAAAAAGACUAAGCGUGUUAUCAGAAAAUCAAAAAAAAUUAGAAAAGUUGAUUCUGAAACUGAUGUCCCUUCAAGAAAAAGUCUGAAAUCUCAAAUUACUAAUAAUGAUGUCUUGAAAUUAUAGUAAUGCCAGAGAUUAAAGACAAUAAUCUCUCAAAUGGAGGCUUUCUUACAAUAAACAAGAGCUUCAAUACUCAAACAAUAUAUAAACAAUCACGCCAAGUGA